AUGUUGUCGAGAGACACCAACAGAGGUGCUUUGCUGACGAAGAAGUUGGGAAGCUUAGAAAGAGACAAAGAAGAUGAUUCUCCACCAACGUCGAAGAGAGAUUCCCGAAAAGCGCGGGAAGAUUUGAAAUUAGACUCGAAAACGAAAAGAAAGCACAGAAGCAGUCUGAGGAGAAAAUCACGACAAGAUAGUUCAGAUUCAAAAGACGAGAAGUCGUAUAGGAGGAAGAGGAAGUCGCAGAGGAGGUAUAGUAGCGACGAGAGCUCCAAUUUUGGUUUGGAUUUAGCUUCAGAUUCGGAGAAAGGAGAGUCAGAGAGUUCAGGUUCGGAUUCAGAGUCCGAUAGCGAAGGAGAGAGGAGGAAGGAGAGUGCGAACCAAAGGCAUAGGCGGAGGGGCAAAUCGAAGACAAAGGGGAAGGCGAACCAAAGACAAAGGCAGAGGCGGAGGGGAGGACAAAGGGGUGAGAUAGUGUGGCAUAUAAGUGGCGUGGAAUCUGCAGGAGAGGAGGCAGUAGUGAUGAAAGUGACGGUAAGAGAGUAA